CUGGAGUGUCGAGAGCACAUCGUCAAUGUUUCUAAUCUCUAUCUCGGUAGGUUAACGCGAAUUCCUCAGUACCUCCAAGUGUCAAAAAUCCUUCAUCUCCACCUCCAGUGUCUCCCCGUGUCAAACCCGUUGAAAAAAAAAAACAAUAAAUCAAAUAACUCCGGGGCAUUUCCAAAUCGUUAAAAAUGUUCUCCGGCUUAACGAAUCAAGUGUCCAAUUGGAUGGGAAAGAAGGGCGAGGAGGGGGGCGAAUUGACAGAGGAAAAAAUUGCAUCACCGUCGGCGGAGACUGAGCUGGACCUGGAGAAAAAAGACAACAGCCCAACAAAGGGCAGUAAAUUGGAGAUGCUCGCCGGUGUUAAAUCCCAAAUGACCGGUUGGCUUAGUGGUGGAAUACCCGGUCUAAGUGGCCGUACUGGUGCUGAAGAGGGUGGUGAAGUUGGACAAACACCGGCUGAGGCAAACGAGAGUCAAACAUCGCGGGAAAGCGUACAGGGCUCAUCGCCUGAUAACGUAAAAGACGAUGACGCAAGCAGGUGGGUUGCAGGUGCGACUGGCGGUGCUGACAGCGGUCCAGCUAGUCUCGAGGGUACACCAACGGAGGACAAAGACGGACAGCAAGCGUUUGGGGCUGUUUCGACGAAAGCAUUGGCUGGUGCUAAGAGCUUCGGUGGCUUUCUAUACAGUGCUGUCAACAAAGCCGGAAAAACUGUCGUCGAGGCGAGUGUGAAGAUCAAGAAGACCGUCGAGGAAAACAGACUGAUAGCUGAAUUGAAUAAGGAGCAGGAAGCCUUUAUCGCUGGAAAGACCAAUGAAAAGGGUGAGGCAGUUGCCCCGUGGGUUGGAGCUCCCAACGAGGAUGCGUUGCGUGAGGAAUGCCUGGCCCUUUCAACCGAUCGCCGCAAUUUCGUGAGAGCACCACCACCUGGAGUUGAAUUCGAGUGGGACUUUGAGGCUAUUCAGCCAAUGGCACAAGCUACACUCGCCUUAGAUCCUAAUCUCGAGACAAUGAGGUUCGAGCUAGUACCCAAAGUUAUAACUGAGGAGAACUUCUGGCGCAAUUACUUCUACAGAGUAUCCCUCCUACGUCAGAGCCAUGAAUUGAACACCCUGGCAAGCCAAGCGGAGAGUAAUCCCAAUCAAAGUUUGACAUCCACCGGCAGCAUCGAUCAUACCCAAGCUCGAGUAGAAAGUACCAAGGAAACCAUUCAAGAUGAUAAAAAAUCAGCGAGUAGUGGUGUCCAUGAAUUUGUAUCUGACAGUGUGAGGGCUUCAGAUACCGAUAUCGAGGAGGUCAGGGUGGGAAUGGAAAAGCUUGGUAUGAAGCCGAAGAAAGCCUAAGAAGAGGAGAGUCCCGUGUACCAUUAUCCAAAGAACACCCUCCUAGAUAACAUUCGUUUGUAGUCAACGAGACAUGAAUUAUCAGAUGACAAAAUUCAAAUAUUUCAGUUUUAUUUUCACUAUUUUAUUCCGACAAUAUCAAUUGUUCAUUUUAAUUUCAUUGUAUUGGUCAUAAACACACAACAUUCGUCAUCAGAUCCCUUAUAAUUAUUAUAAAAUAUAAGAUAAUUAGGAUUGAGGGGGGAGAGAUUGUCAUGGCGAUAAAUUUUAGACGAUUCGAUUGUUCAUUGAGUCGCUGAAAGUUCUAGUAUUUAUUAUCAUUAUUAUCAUAGUCUUCAGCGGGGGCUGGACAUGUUGCGGGAGGUGAAUUAAUAUGAAAUAAUAUCUAGAUGAAUUUAGUUAAUGAUGAAAGAAAAAAUAGUAGAGAAAAUCAGAUAGCAUGAGCAACUGAGGGGGACAUUUCAAUUAUUAAUUAAACCGUUUGUGUAAUUGAUCAAUGAUGAAAACCACGCGAUUAUAACAAUUCAAUUGACGAAUAACAAUUUGACUAUUUGUCUGUCUGUUUGUCCGUCGUUUGUCUGUUCGUCUGUCUUCGUCGAGAAACAUUUAAAGAAAAUGAAAAUUAAGAAAAAUGAAUUAAUAAAGGAUUAAUAAUACUUUAUCUCCAAACUUCGUUCUCUUCGUGUUGUACAAUUGUAAGUAAAUAAUGAUGAAAUAUAUGAUAUUAUGAACGAUUAUCUCGAUGAUUGGAGUGAGCAUUAGCAGACGUUUAUAGGUACUAAAUUAUAUUUGUUGGAUGACAAUACGUGGUUUAUGGGGAGUUAUUUGAACAAGGAAUGUUUUUAAUGAGAUUAUUGAGAAGAGUUUGAUAUUCACAGCCAAAUGCGGAAAUUCCUAUUAUUUGUUGUCGGUUAUUUCUUGAUUUUUCACACGCGUUUGGCUGCUGGAGAAUUUGAAGAUUCAGUGGGUAAAAUUAGAGGGGAAAUAAUUCGGUAUAAAUAUGUGAAUAAGACGAGUAAUUAAUAAUCGAUGGGUUGCGUAGGGGUCGAUAUGACAUUUCCAAUUUCAAUGGUUGAUGAAAAAAAUUCAAUAGAUUUUGAUUUUUUAAUGAGAAACAAAAAAUACAGUGGGAAAAUACAAAAAUUUA